AUGGCCGGAAAAGUGUUUGCCAUUACGGGGGGAGCGAGUGGUAUUGGACUGGCUGCAGCAAAGCUCCUGGUGGAACGAGGAGCCAAGGUCAGUAUAGCAGAUGUCUCAUCGAAACUGAACGAGGCCGCAGUCGAAAUUGCCCAGCAUGCGGGACUCCCACAAGACGAAUGCGUACUCGCUCGGAGCGUGGAUGUGCGUGAGCUGUCCCAGAUUCAGGCGUGGUUGAAGGCUACAGUGGAGACAUUUGGACGACUCGAUGGAGCAGUCAACAGCGCCGGAGUCUUUGAUUAUCCCAAGGCCGCAACAGGACAAACAGCUGCACUGUGGCAUCAGGAGAGAGGCAUCGAUCAGUGGAAUCAUGUUAUUGGAGUGAAUUUGACGGGCACUGCCAAUUGCUGUCACGUCGAAUUGGAAUACAUGACUUCCGAGGCGGCCAAAGCAGAGAAUUGGGGCAGAUCAAUUGUCAAUAUGACUUCCGUUGCGGGCUUUCGAGCUCGAGGAGGCAGUCCUGCAUAUAUCGCCGGCAAACACGGCAUCAUCGGACUGACGAAAGCGCUGGCCAAACAAUAUGGACCUGUCGGGGUCAAUAUCAACGCCGUCGCUCCCGGCGCCAUCGAUACUCCGAUGAACCAGAAUGUGGGCAAAGAAUUCGUCGAUGCAAUGGUCGCUGGACUGCCUAUACCACGCAGAGGAACGGCGGAAGAGACUGCCAAGAUGAUUGUAUAUCUGUUGUCUGAUGACGCGAGCUAUGUGACGGGAGCGACAUUUACCAUUGAUGGCGGUAUGACGGUGUAG